AUGACCUCUCCGUCAGGAGUGCCAAACUAUGACCAAGAUGUCGAUUUUCAGGAGCUUGCAUUGACUGACCCCGACUUUGCCAAAUUUUAUGAUAACGCGAAUGCGCAUGUUGAUUUCCAGGACCCAAAAGCAUUACAACAGCUUACUAAAAGCUUGUUGAAGCGCGACUUCAAUCUUGAGCUCGAGCUGCUGGAUGAUAGACUUUGUCCUCCUGUCCCUGUCAGGUACAGCUAUGUUCGAUGGCUCCAAGACCUGAUGGAUACGACCAACGACAUUGACGUAGAAGACUUGUCGAAGGAAGAGGUCACCGGGCUUGAUAUCGGCAUCGGCGCGUCAUGCAUCUACAGCCUAUUAGCAUGCUCCUUGCGAUCAUCCUGGAAAAUGCUUGGUACGGACAUCGACCCUACGAGCUUUACAUGUGCAAACAACAACAUUGAGAAGAACAGUAUGGGUUCAAGGAUCACCACCAAACUAAACACCUCAGAGGAUCCUCUGAUCUCACCGCAAGCAUUUGGCAUUGACAGACUUGGCUUCACCAUGUGUAACCCGCCCUUCUAUUCGAGUGCAGAGGAUAUGGCAAUUUCGAGCGCGGGUAAGAGCAACUCCCCAAGCGCGAUAUGCACGGGUGCAGAAGUCGAGAUGAUUUGUCCAGGUGGCGAUGUUGGAUUUGUGCUACGUAUGGUCGAAGAGAGUCGAGAGUUGAAAGAUACUGUUAGAUGGUAUACGAGCAUGCUCGGAAAACUAUCUAGUGUUCAUCAAGUCAUUGAUCGUCUGAAGGAGCUGGGCAUCACAAAUUGGGCAGUCACACUGCUUCGUGCUGGGAACAAGACUCGACGUUGGGCUGUGGGCUGGAGCUACGGAGAGAUAAGGCCAAGCAAUGCUGUUGCCCGAGGUAGCGAUGUUGGUACUCAUAUUCUUCCUUACCCAACGGCUCAAACUAUCCACACGAUUGGUUUCACACAGGACGAAGCCGCUUAUUUGCUCAAUUCGACGCUUGAAGCGCUUGCCUUACAAUGGUUCUGGCAGUCUGAUAAAUGGGCCGGUUGUGGUAGCGCCAGUCAGAACGUGUGGUCACGAUCAGCGAGACGCAAGCGUAAGAGGAUUGAAAUGGAAGAAGAAAGUGGCAAAUCAGCGAGCAUACCAGCGAAAGUGCCCACAGGUGGAGAUCAGGUUGAAGUGUCAUUGAAGUUCCGCAUUGAAAUCAGAGAAGGUGACAUGGAAGUUCGCUGGAUAAAGGGAAAAGACCAUAUUCUCUUCGAGAGUUUUUGUGGCAUGCUGAAGAGAGCUAUGAAACAGAAAUGA